UUUUAGGCGCCCCCAACCACUAGGCGCCCGCCUAGUUUGCCUACAUGGUUGCACCGGCCCUGACCCCAGCACCCCUAAGCUUCCUCCUCCUAGCUCCACCCUGCCUGACACCCCCUUCCCCAGGUGCAGCAGUGUAGGUCUGACAGGGCUCUGGUGUUCUCAUUAACCCCUUCUUAGGUCCAGCUCCCAUGCCUGUCCCUUCCCAGGGGGUCGGAGAGGGGUGAACAAUCAGCCCCCUCCCCUGAAAGGGGGAGACACCCCGUGACAGUACUGCUAUUAGCUGUCCAGUGGUCGAGCCAAAGAGCCCCAGCAAUGGGCCAGGACCCCGCUGUGCUAGGGGUUCUACAUGAUAAUAAACAUCAAUGCAAAGUCCAUUAUCUACCAAACACCCCCAGCUCUUGCCAGGCCAGCAGGCGGGUUGGCCUGUGGGGUUCUCUGCCAGGCAGCAGCCAAAGGCCGGGGGCUCCAGAACAGGGGCGGGUCUAGUGGGUCUGGACUAGCAUUUCUUCCUCACCUGCUCCCCGGCGCUGAAGUCCAACCCCCACCCGUGUAUCUGAGCAGGCUGGAGCAGGGGGGCUGGUUUGGGUUUGGGGGGGAGGGGUCCAAAGAAGGGGCUGGCUCAGCGGGGGGGGAAGGAAUGGCCUGAAGUUAUUGUGUUUGGCUGUGGGGGACCCUGGGAAUAUUGGAGAGUCUUUGGGGGGAGAGGAUUGAAAGGAAGAAAGAAAAAAUUCUGUAACUAACAAAAGAGCCAACCAGCUCCGUGCUCCAAGUCCCCUAGUCCCUCCGCAUCGCUCGGGCUCUCUCCUCUCAGCCCCUCUGGCAAACAGCUUCCGCAGAGAAACUAAACCUAACGAGGGGGGGCAAGCAGGGGGGAAACCGAAACUGAUGAGCCCUGGCCACCCCCAGCGGAUGGAAGCUGACGGGGGGGUGGGGAAUGCAGCCUCUGGGAGGGAGGGUGGAUUGGGGGUUUUGGGGCUGGUGGGGAGGGGGACCACGGUCCCAUCCUGGGGCAAGAAACGUGUUUGCAGUGGGCUGGUAGUCACAGCCCCUCUGUGCCUCAGUUCCCCCCCACCAAGUGAAGCAGGGAUGAUCCUCACCUGCCCCUUCCCUGGGUAGGGGUUGAAUUUAUCCCAGCUGGUGACCAGCUUGAGGGGGCAGCGGGUUAUUAAUUGAUAAUGCCUCACUAUUUCAUCAUCACACAGGGGGACGGGCAUAGAAUAAAACGUAGCUCAAAGGAAACCCCCACAGCCCCGGGAGUCCAAGACCCAGAGCCCAGGGGGCUGGCACGGCUCAGCAGGGGGCUGCACCCCCCACUCCAGCAGCAUCUCCUUUAUCCAGGGGAACUCAGCUCAUAGACCACCCCCCAGCACCCCAGGGCAUCUCACCUACACAGCACGUCCCAGAUACCCGCAUGCUGCCCCGGGCAAGGCUCCUCUCUCUGUCCCUGCUGCCCGCCCCUAACAGAAUGGAGCACAGACCACAGCAGGGCAAAGGGUGUCUACUCUGCACCAGCCUAGGGGGAUGGCACAGUGGGCCUGGAACCCGGUGCCAAGCCCCAAGGCUGUCUGGGCUGCAGGGUUCCCAGCCUCUGCCAAUGCAGGGGAAGGAUCCAGCUGGAGCAUAGAGCAGCAUAGAGCAGCCCAGGGGCCUCACCGCAUGCAGGGGCACAAAGCCCAGCCCCAGUCUGCCCUGUGGGGUAGCCCAGAGCGCUAGCCACCAUGGCCAGCUUCUGCAGCAUGCCCACCUGCUGGCAGCUGGGGAAAGAAGUGGGACCAGGAAUCAAACCCAGGUCUCCCCCAGGGCUAAUCACAGCGCUAGCCAACAGCCCUCACCGGCUUCUGCAGCAUCUGGCUACAGGGCCAUCAGAACAACAGAUGGGGAACUGGGUCUUCAGCCAACCAACGCUGACCUCAGCGCUCCCUAGCUGCCUUUAACAGGAAACCAUGUGAUUUUCUGGAAAGCCCCGUUCCAAGGGGAGUCCAUCCUCCCCAGCCGAGGAAUCUGGAGCUGUACCUCCCAGCUAAGAAGGAGCACAGCGCUGAACACUAGGGGGCCAGAGAAACUCUUCUGCAGGGAGCAGCUCGGUGGGGUUGGUACAAGGGCAGCAGCUGCAUCCAAAGACACAGUGACAGGAGAGGAACAAACUGUGAGGAACAUUUGUCGCUCAGCUUCCUCCCUUCUGAGUCUCUGGUGAGAGAGCUGGUGGGGUUCAUGCCCAAGCCCAUCUGUUUAGGGAGCGAACAAAUGGGCAACAAGCGGAAGAAACUUUGCAUCUGCCUGGUAGGUGCCUUCAUCCUCAUAUUAGCUGCCAUAUUAAUCACUCUCCCCUGCUGUGUGGUCGAGUGCCAGGGGCAGCUGAAGACCUCAGAUCUGGAUGAGAAACUCGCCAACCUGCAGGAGGAGAAGAGGUCCCUGGAAAAGCAGCGGGAUGGGGCGAGGGCAGAUGUCACGGCGCUGCGGUCAGAGCUGGCCGCCACCAAUCAGACCCUUUGGGAGACGCGCGGGCGCUGGGACUUCUGCAGGAGCCUGACGCAUAAGCUGCAGAACAACAUCACUGCCCUGAGCGACAAAAUCACACAGCUGGAAGCCAGAGACUCUGAGCGGGAGGCCAAGGAACAAGGUUUACAAGAUGAAAAUGGCAGGCUCAGAGAGCAGCUCUCCAGCCAGUCCCAGCAGCUGCAGGAUUCCCAGCAAGAAUUCCAGAAGCAAAAAGAUCAGCUCAAAGCUAACAUCCAUUGGCUGAAAAUGGAGCUCCAAAGCCAGAGGAAUCAGCGCUCCAGCACGGACAGCCUCAGGGGUCACAGUGUGUCUCUCUGCCUGGCUCUGCCCCUCCUUGGGACCCUUCUCCUUUAAGAGCAGCAGCUUUUUACAGGUAUCGAGGAGCCUGGCUUGACCAGAGAUCCCUCCUGCUGUCUGACCCCCAGAUUCUUGGGCAGAGGGGUCUCGUCCUGUCACCUCAGCCACCUCUCUCUGUGCCUGCUCAUCUCUGACCACUCCACAUGCUCUCCCCACAGCAGGCGAGAGAGCUGUCUCCUGUGCAGUUCCUGCUGCCUCGCCUGGCUUCACUGAACAGUCCGUCUCAUUCCAAGUCUCCUCCCAGCGCAUGGCAGCACUGCCAGGUCCCAGCUGAAGUCAGGGCCCAGCUGUGCCAGGCCAGAGACACAGCUCGCAGACCAAAUAGCAGCACAGGAGAAAAAGAAAGAUCAUUAUCUCCUUUUUAUAGAUGGGAAACUGAAGCACAAGGCCAUUAAUGCGUCGCUCAGGAGACUUGAACUCAGCUCUCCUGAGCACCAGCAUGUAACCCUAAGGCCACACUUCCUCUCCAGUCCUCCCUCGCCUACAUCUCCUUUCUCUCCCCCCUCUGCUGUUCUUUAGCUCAAUGCAUUGGGUCAGGGGAUGGGGACACAGGACUGUCUCUCUCUCUCCCCGCUUAUUUCCAUCAUCUGUCCCCAGUGCCCUUUCGAUCCCUCGGGGUUUGUGUUUCAGGGCUGACCAGGCAGUGGAAGAGUGGAGAAUCCCCCAGGAACACAGUGCACGGCGCAGCCAGUUCACUCCCCUCCAAUUCACCCUCAGGUCUAAGCCACUAGCUUGCUAUGACCUCGGCCCUUCCCUGGGUCGUGCAGGGAGACGGGUUCCUGCGCAGCCCAGCCCUGGCGGAAGGAUCCCGUUGGCUCCUGCCCAGCACUGGAGGACAAUGGGAAAACAGUGAAGAAGAUCCAGCCGGUGAAGGGCGCAGGGAGGAUGGAGCCGCUUCACUCAGAGCCAGAGCCCCUGGGGUUUCUUGGACUCAGAUUAUCCCAGACAACAAUUGCCCUGAGCAGAGUCAAGCCGCAGCAGGGGUAUUUGCUGCUCCCUUAGGGUUUCUGUUUUUCUAAUGCAAUUUUGCCAACCCCAAAGGUUUGUGGUGUCAUUUAACCUCCCACACCCUGCUGGUCAGAGACCUGGGGCUCAGAGUGAGCAGCCCCGGAGCCGUAUUCGUGGCCAUCCCACGCCUGACCUGCCUUUAGAGAGCAGGGAAGGGGCAGCUCGAACUUUGCUGCUAGUUUGGAUCACGGGGCAAACUCGUCUCCCUGCUCCUGGGCUGGGGUGACGGGCUCUGCACAGGGUGCUCUUAGGGGAAAGCCCUGUAGGCCCAGGCCUAGGGCCCUGCCCCGGGAGCAGGCGAUGGCAUCAGACCUGGGACUUCCAUAUAUAUGUCAGUUUUUAAUCCUCAAGGAUGCCAAGAACAACUCACAUGGUGACCCGGGUGUAACCAAUGCAGUGACACUGCCUGAGUCUGCAGAGAGCCUGAGUCAAUUGGUCUGGAUGGACAGGACAUAACGAGACAGUGACCAAUGCAGCGACCCCUGCCUGCACUUACUGAGAGUCUGAGGUAAAUACUUAUUGCCCUUCUCCAGCACCUUCCGCUGAUGAGCUCAAAGCACCCAUCCAACAUGGAUGAACCGAACCUUGCAGCACACCCUGGGUGAUCAGAACCAUUAGCCCCAUUCUACAGGUGGGGAAACCGCAGCAGACAGAGGGAAAGGGACGCUCCCAGGGCACCCAGUGGCAAAGCUGGGAAUGGAACCCAGGAGUCCUGGCUCCCAGCUCCCAGCGCUUUAAUUCACAGACCACAGUUUCAUAGAGCCUCAGGCCAGAAGGGAUCAUUAGGUCAUGUAGUUUGAUCCCUUGCAUAGCCCCGACAUUAAAUUUCACCCUCUUCCCCUGAAUGGAGUCCAAUAAUGUGUUUGACUAAUGUAACUUCCCGGAAGGCAGCUGGUCUGGAUUGGACGACACUGAGAGAUGGAAAAUCCACUGCUGUCCCCAAUACCAUCCAGUCUUCUUGACAACCACAGCCCAACUACCAUCCCUUUGUCCAGAAGGGGAACAGAUGGGAGGGAGGUGGGAAGGGUAAGCGGGGCUGUGGGAGGAAGAGGAAGAGAACUAUCCCCGAUCAUUCCCAGAGAAGAUCUUUUAGAAAAUCAGCCAAUCUUUAAAAAUGGCGAGUGAGGGGGAAUCCACCCCGACCCCUGGUACAUGGCUCCAGUGGUUAAUUAUCCUCACUGUUAAAAAUGCACAGCUUAUUCUAGCUAAUAGCCUUCUAGGUAGAAGAGCAUCUCACUGGCCAGCAUUGCAGGAACGGCCUUUGAGGGGCAUUCAAGCCCUGUGGUGGUCUGGUUCCCCUAGUGCCUCAGCCCCCGGCUACGUGCUGGCCACAGUCUCCUCCCUUCGGGGUACCAGAGAUCCAAUGUCAGGGUUUGAACACAAAACGUACCACAGCUGGGUCUUCUGUCCCUAUUUCCCAAGGCUGGGAAACCCCCCAGUGCCUUCCCCAGCGCUCCCUCAAAACAAACUGAAGGAAAGACACCAAGGGGAAGGGCAUCUGCUAGUGCAGUUAUACUCAGUCCUCAGGGCGAUAAGGCAAUAUGCCGGGUUUAUUGAGAGUUUAUGUGUACACACACCCCCACACCCACCCACCCCGCAAAAGGUUCUGCAGCUGGAUCUCAUAGUUACCAGUCCUUAGUGUUGCUCGGCACACAAAGGAGGUGGAGCUGAGCUCCAAGGCUGAUGCAGAACGAACCCAAAGUCCCAUGGCAAUAUCCUCUUCUU